GGUGCACCUUCUCCACAACCGUCAACCUACAUAAUGAAAGUUCUUCUCGUGAACGAUGACGGCCCUCCUAGUCGCACGGUUUCUCCGUACAUCUUCGAAUUCUACAUGCAUCUCAUCGCGCUGGGUUUCGAUGUGAAGGUCGUCAUUCCGAGUUCACAGAAAUCUUGGAUCGGCAAAGCUUUCCACAUCACCGAGAUCACGACAGGCAACUACUUUUACCCCAUCGGCCCAGACGGCACUGCUGGAGAAGUCGCGGCUAAAUCGCGGCCGUUGAAGGACGGAGAAGUGGGCGAGUGGGUUCUUCUCGACGGGACCCCAGCAACGUGCACCAACGUGGCUCUGCAUAAUUUAUACCCUGGUCAGAUCGACCUCGUGCUCAGUGGUCCCAACCUGGGCAGAAAUACUUCCGCUGCUUUUGCUAUGUCUUCUGGCACUCUAGGUGCUGCGCUCAGCGGUUCGCUGUCGAAAGUUCGCGCGAUAGCGGUGUCAUACGGAACUGUGGUACACCCGACUCCUGGAUCCUACUUUGAGCCUGCGCAUCUGUUGGCGGGCCAGAUCAUCCGAUAUCUGUGGGAUAACUGGGGCCGCGAUCCCGAAGGACUGCGCUCAGGUGAAGUCGACGUUUACAACGUUAACAUUCCGCUCGUGGAAGGAUUGCUGUCGGACGAAGGGUUGAAGAUUGUCUGGACUUUCAUGUGGCGCAACUCAUAUGCUCGUCUUUUCAAAGCUGUGUCGCCGCCAGCACAGGUUGCCGCCGCACAAUCCUCCUCUGCUGCUGGUCCUGACGCGCUGUUGGUGUCUGCGUCGAGCUCGAGGGCAGACUCGCCGGAGGAUCCGCUGGCCUUCAAGUUUUCGCCAGCUAUGAAUGGCCUGGUCAACCCCGACGAGUCCAGUAUUCCUGUCGGGUCUGAUGGGUGGGCUAUGCACAAAGGAUGGGUGAGCGUCACUCCUCUUCGCUCCAGCUUCGCGGAGCCCGCUGCAGCAGCUCAGACUGUGGACGAGAGGAUCUGGAAAAUGAAGCUCUGAUCCGGAAUGCCGUUCCCGUAACACGUACAUAAGUAAGCAAAGAAGCGAGGGAAGAGAAGUAGAUCGAGUACGUAAAUGUCUUUUGCCAGCGAGCGGUCAAUGUCCCGAACGCUCAAACGCAUCUGUCUGUCUUCGAGUCUCGCGACGCCAUUUUCAGUUAUUCAGCUGCCUUUCAUCGCCGCUGGAGCUCGUUGGAUGCCAGCUUGGAGCUGGCUACGUGAUGCGAAAUACUCCAAGUGUUUCGCUAGAAGCCACGGCGGUCCAUUGUCGUCAUUUUCCACCUGUCCGUAACGGCGCAUCAUCAAGAGGCACGGUUCCUCUGGGAGCUCGCCUCUGACCAGCCCGCAUGGGAUUGCGGGGGCAUUGAUGGACUACUGCUCCACAGGCGACCUAAGGACUGCUCCGGGUCUGGAUUUGUCUAUCUGAAUGCCCCCGGCUCCCAAGGUCUCUGCUGGCAUAGACGUUGCUGUCUAGUCUAGUACAAACAAGGCUCACCCGCGUCUGCAAUAAAUCUAUGGUUCAGGCAGGCCGUGUCUGGGGCUUGCGCAGUGGCACACCCGCCAGCGCUUCCUCUGAUGUCCUUUUUCACAGUGAACCGCUCUCCGUCACAGAGACAGCUGGACAACUACAGUCUGCCCUCCCCGACACGACGGACGGGUGCGCAACCCCUGCCUCGGUCACCGACCAGAUGCGCAUCUUCGCCCACUCUUUCUGAGUUCAGACAGGCGGUCUACAUCCCGGCAGCGGUGCCCACCGCAAACGAGGCGUUCAGGGAUGCGCCUUCGCCACGGUUCUCCGCUUCCGCGCCUAGCGUCGUUCUGCUGGAUGGCGAAGACCGGAGUUGCUCCUCCACCCCGACUUCCGGCGGAUAUUCUUCUUCCCCGAUCGGCACGCCGCGUUCUUUUACGCAGCCAGCCGCCGACGCCUCACCUGGCGGCAUUAAGCGCCUUUCGCUGUACCGCGAGCUGGACGAAGAUCCGUUUGCGUACAUUCCCCGCUCGCCGCCUUCUCGCUGGUCGACGGAAUCUUCACGGCCCUCAGUCGCUGACAAAGCGGACGUAAAAGUCAAGCCCACGCUCAGGCUGAGAGGACUCUUCAAUCGAUUGAGUAUGACACGAAACCCGGGUUCCAAUACUCCUGAUCGACAGACCUUCCGUGUGCAAGACUCUGACGUGGGGAGCGAUCCUGAACGACCACCGCAGCCAGUGUUGAUUCCAUUGGAACCGGAGCGGGCCCUGAGCAGGAACCCCACGCCGAGAAGUCCUCAAGGAUUUGCUGAUGCAAUCACGCUCGCCCUAAACAACGAACUGGUUGACCCUGAACGCACAGAUCCCAAACGUGUCUCACCCAAUACAAGUCCGACGAGACCUGACUAUACCGAGCCGGCAUCCCGUCUGCGCCGCGAAACACCGCCGCUGCCAUCGCCCCGCACUCGCCCAGACACCGCCAUUCCUUUCCCAUCGAAGCCGCCGCCCAGUUCGCGCCCGCUGCCGUUGCCAGAGUCGAUCGUGCGCUUGCUGCAAUGCCGGUCGAUAACGCCGUCCCAGAGCCGAGCCCUCCCACCGCCGCUGAAGCCUAAUGUGCGACUAGCAGCAGGAGUUGCGCCACCUCCUGUGAUCCCUGCGCGAUCGAAGCUGCGGCCACCGCCGAUCAAGAUAAUCCGCCAUGAAACAGAUGCCCGGCCCUCUGCUACUCUGACGGAGAAUGAGGAUGACUCCGAAGGCGAAGACACUAUUGAAGCGGUCCCGUCGGACGCUUGCUCCCAGUUUGCCAUUUAUCGCGCUCCGGCAGAGCCGCUGCUGCAGCCUGUCCCUGAAGAAUCUGUCGCCGAGAAAAGUGCGGCAGCUUCUCAGACCAGCGGUGCUCAACACGGCCGUAGUGACGGACCGUCCCGGAUUGCGAAGCAGGGCAGACGUCACCGAAGAACGUCGUCCAGUGUUUCCAUCGUCGAGGUGCCGGGCAGCCCGAGCACUCAGCGCACGGAUGAUGCCCGUGCAUCUCAGACACCCGCGCGGGGAUUCUGGGCAGUGAAGCAUCGGGUCACAAGGCUCAAGACUCGUUUGAGCGUGAUCGGAGGAAUCUAAGGCUUAUUUCAUUCAUUCACUGGACUUGUGGCACACUCCUUUCGUGUAACUGGAACUUGCAUCAAUCUGGACUAACACGUACUACUACCGGAUAGCACAUUGUAACCAACAUUCAUUGUCUGUUUAUACCCAUAUCGCCAGCAUCAAGCCGAAGACGAGUAGAAAUAGGUGCGAGGAAGAUAAUCCGAUGGGAGCUGCAGUUGCCGCAGAAAGCCGCCGUUGAUGGCCGCUUUGCUGUACACUUUCAGCGAGUUGAUGCUCCAGGAUGCGUUC